ACACAAACCUCAGUUGGAUGGAAAAUGGGUGUAAUGUGCUGUUAAUAUGUCUAUAUUUCAAUUUUUGACAAUCAAAGCUGGAAUCAGCCACUUUAUAUUCACGCUGCUCCUUUUUUGUCUGCGCUUUGUCCUGAGUCAGCCUGCGUUCCCUGCCGUCAUAAUCAAGACCCAUUCGAUGUUAUUAAUGUAAUGUAAAAUGUAGAGGUGAGUAAAUGCACGUUUUAUUCUGCAUGUUUUCACAUUUCUGUGGAUCUCUCAGGAGACAUGCUGGCCCAUCCAUCCUUGCUGACAGAUGUUCAGAGACGGCUUUGACUGACAGAUUUUGUCCUUGAGAUGGGUCUGGGCUGCUUUCCCUAGCGUGAAAAGAAUCCCCCAGAGAUAUACUUCACCCUGAUGUUUUCAGUCAGAGACGACGAUCUGAACCUUCACCUCCAAGGGGGAAGAAUCUCGGAGCAUUGAGGCAAGGAAAUAUUAGUAAAGAGUGAAAGAGACAGAUGACAUUCUAAAGAGUUGAUAUUGAAUGUUAAGAGAGACAGAUAAAGAUAGCAAGGGAGUGGGAAAGAAAGCAAAGGAAGGAGAGAGAAUUUGAAAGGCAGCCAAGCGAAAGAUAGGGAGCUGCAGAUUUAGUCAACACAAAAAAACUCCUACACGCUCUCACUUGAGCCCGUACCUUAGGCUCUGAAGCAGAGAGGAGAAAGAGUGAAAUCAUACCAUCUUCUUACUGUCUUUUCUUUUCUCUUGUCAUUGUCUCUCCUCUAACCACUCUUUGUCAGCCCUUUCUCUCUGUCUCUGCCAUAGUCACUGAAAGUCAUAAUUCCCUCUGGGAGAAAUGGGUUGUAUGAUAAUGAGUUAUGAUAUGAUUAUGGGCUAUUCAAUUUGAAAACUUAGACUUUAAAUUCAAAACCUUCGCUUAUUCUGCCUGCUGCAUUUAACCUGUAUAUUGUACUAAAAGGUUUCUAUGGAAAUCAACCUUAACUGAAAUAUAUAGCAUCCAGGCACCAGAGCUUCCGUUUCCAAUUGAAUUAAAUGCCAUUUGAUAUUAUAUUAAUUCUACAGUAUGGGCAAAUGCAGUAGUUAUUUCCCAUGAGUUGAAUUCAGCCCAGUCCAUAUAUCAUUUCAAUCCUUAGGACAUUUUUAUUUCCUUUAUCUCUUGUGCAACGGUCAGGGCUGGCAGGCAACAAUAAGACUGUCAAUUAUUUUGAGAUAAGAUUUAUACAGAGGUUCCACAAAAAAGUCUCCAUCAAAAGAUAUGAGAUGAGAAUGAAAGCAGACCAAGAAUUUAAAUUUAAAGGGUUAUUUGACAUGCAGAAUAAAACUACAAAGACAAAACUAACCAGCAAUGCAAAAGCCAAGGACUAACUUUAGAUGUUUGAUGAACAGCAGUUAAGCAGAAAAGACAUCUUUUUUUUUUUUAUUUAUUUUUUUGUUUAGACAACUCUAUCAAAAACCAGUAUCACUGUCAAUACACUCACCCUAAAUUAAAAAAUGUAAUUCUGUAUCACAGAGAUUCCCAAAGUGCUUGACAGUUCUGCAGGUGGGAUAUAAAAGGUCAUGUUUCUAAUUUUUUUUUGACCGUUAGUGCACCUGCAGCAUGGAUCUGUGCCAUAAGUGCACCCACGGUAAUUUGCAGUGGGAAUAAUACACAAAUCCUUAAAUGGACAUUCUAGGUGUGUUUAUAGGUCAACAGGUGAACUUUUUAGUUACCCUCAAUAUCACCAUUUUGUAUUUAUUUACAUUUAUCUACAUUUAUUAUGUAGAAAACCUAUGAUGAGCUUUGCUAAAGAUGUAGUUUUUAAAGGUUUUUGCUUGUGGUGUCUUUUUGACAUUUUUUGUGUGUGAAUAGUUUGCAGCUGUAUUUUGUGCAUUCAUUUGCCAAAUUCUCAAAUAUUUAUGAGGGGAAAAGGUUAGUAUUAAUUGUGCUAUAAAAUAUUGUUGUUUGUUUUUCCUAUUGUGUCCUGUCAGUCAUCUCACAAUCCUUCAGGUUUAUAUUGUAGCCCAUGGUGUUUAACUAAUGUUAUAAAAAUCUUCUAGGCUUGACUAGUUACUACCACUUAAGCAUCACUGCUUAUAUAAAAAACAAUAUUUCAACUGUUUUUUAUAUUGAAUUUUACCUCAUAACAAUAAUAAUAAUAAUAAUAAUAAUACACAAUGUGACAGUAACAUUAAAAAAACACAAGGACAAACAUAACAAAACAGAAAAUAUAAAUAAUAAAUACAAUAAGAGAAAAGGAGGGGGGUUGUGAUGGCCUUAGCCAGUCACACUGGUACGUGGAAGGCUUUCAAAAUAAUCCAGGAAGGGUUACCAUGUCUUUGCAAUAUUUUGCAGCAGAGCCCAGGCUAUGGUAUUGUAGUUCCUCCAGUUUUAAAUGUGCUGUGAAUUCUCUGAUCCACCCAGCAUGUGAGGGUGGGGCCCGGUCCUUCCACUUAAACAGAAUGAGCCGAUGGGCUUUAAGAGAAGCAAAUGCAAGGGAAUUAGAUUGAGAGUUUGAAAGGGGUGUUCCAUCAGGGGCUAAUCCGAACAGAGCAGCUAUAGGAUUAAGUGGAAUAUUACGGGAAUACAUACAUGAAAGGCUAUCAAAUAUAGUAGACCCAAAUGGAAUAAUUGUACGACAGGAGAAAAACGUUUUUUUCCUGAUUAUAUUUCUUUACCUAUCAUGACAGAUGUUUACAUUAAUGUAUUCAAAAGCAAGGUCUGCUAUCAAUAAUAAAGCAGGUUUUAAGGAUACUUGUGGAGGAAUAAGCUUUGAGGAAUGUUUCCUCCUCCACAAAGCAGCAGCAUUAAACUCAACCAUGUGGGAGAAGAAUGAAUCAAAAGCUGUGCAGUUUAGUGAAAAGCAGAACGUGAAUAAUCUGAAGAUGACAGUCUGGUAAACACGAGUACUUCAGAGUCUCAGUAAUCCUGAACAAACAUCAAGAGCCUCUGUACCGACGCUAAUGAAAUCUGAGGAGGGGUCUGUGUUUGUGUGUGUGUUCUUGUAUGUGUGGCUUUAUUAAGACCAAAAACAGUAUGAACCACACGGUGUGAGGACAUUUUGGCAACAUGAGGACAUCUUGGCUGGUCCUCGCAUCUUUCAAAGGGCUUUUGGGGGACCUGGUGUUAGUGUAAGGGUUGGAAUUGGAGGAUUUAGGUUAGGGUUAGGCAUUUAGUUUUGAUGGUUAAGGUAAGGAACUAGGGAAUACAUAUGAGUGUCCACACAAAGAAUGCAGAACUGUGUGUGUGCAUGCGUGUGCACAGAGAUACCAUUUGUGACUGAUGGAGCUUGCAGAAUGAGGAGGCACCAAUUAUUUUUCAGCAAAAUCUGAUAUCCUGUGAGCGUUUCCUAGCAAGUAAACAAUAAAAUCUGACUGUCGUAAUCCCAAGAGCUUUGCCAUUUGACUGUCAUCUAAAUGUGCCAGUGCAAGCAAGUUGCCGUGAGGAUUUAUAUGACGAGAAAUAAUCAGAAUGAUCCAAAUCACAAUGAGAAUAGGCUGAUACCUAGACAUUCAAUAAAACCCUGCUGGAUGAGAGAAAAGACCAAAUAGGAUUAUAAUUGUAGCACAACAUCCCCACAGUAGCCAUAUAUUGGUCCCAUAAGUGAAGGCCAUUAACUGGCGUGUACAGUAAUUUCACAAAAUUGCAAUCAGCAGAGUGGGGUUAUGUGUGUUGUCAAGGCUCUUAAUAAGCAUCCAAAAUCCUACACAUCUGUCAUAAUCUCUAGUAGCCUACAGCCAUACUGGGUGUACCUGGUGAGGUUUUAAAUCCCUAAAAGCAUGCAAAUAACAUGUCCUCUCAAUGUGAGUGAAUGCAGUUUCAUAAAAGCCAAUCUGUACAGGGAAUUCAGUGCUCAUUUUAGCUGCCAUUGUAGGGAGCAAAAAAAGGCAUGAUGAUAUAUGAAUUAGCUGGCUGUAUAGGGAGGAAAAAAAUCUUCCAAUGACCCUGUAAAGGAGUAAACAGUCCCAGUGCUGUGUGGAGCCUAUGGCUAUAUUUCCAGCAACAGCAAGUGUGGAAAUGCUUCCUAAAUGCCUUGAAGAGGACGGCCAGUAAAUGACAUCAAUGUGUGGAGAGACUGAAAUGACGGCGCGGCAGCCUGAGGGAACAAUAACUGCCAUUAAGGCCUUCAUUUUAAAUCUUCCCAUUCAAUUUCAUGAGGUGACAGUGCUGUAAACUUUAUCAUGGCCACUUAAACAGUGUGUAUUGUAACUAACAAAUAGGCCACAUGUGUACUUUUCAGAGGACACAUUGCACAAACAAGAGAGCACUGAUGGUUUCCCCAGUGCAACAACACUAUACAUUAGCCUUGACGACUUCAUAGUGUAAUCAACGAUUUACCUGCUUCUUGCCUGCUGUCAAGGAGCCCAGUGUUGGUGCACUAAAAACACACAGACCUAAGAGAGAAUUUAUGUAAGGCAGCUUUUGCCUGCAAACGUUAUGCUCUUCAUUAGACACAUCAGAACACAUGAGACAAAACACUUCAUCAGUAAAAGUGAGGCUGUGCUGCAAGGUGGCCUCUCUAACAAUGGCAUUCUCUUCUGCCAGACAGGGCCGUUUAUGAUGUCACCGCUGAAUUGAUAAUAUUAACCCAAGUGAAUGCAGGUGCUGGAGGUUAUUAUGUUGAUGAUACUCAUACAGGUUUUUAUCUUUUCGUAGAUCAAACAUGAUAUUUCCACACAUGCUCUGCAGAGAAAACUGACGAGACAGUGGCAUGAGUUUGAAUGUCAUAGGCUAAUUCUAUUGAUCCAAGCUGCAUGAGGAGUGAAUGUGUUUGAUCAAUGACCAACAAGGCAGCAAUCAAUUGUAACCUUGGCAUCACAUAAUUUAAUGCAGCUGUGUGUGUGUUUUUUAAAACUGCAUUUGACUCAUAAUCUUGGGACAUUGUUAAUUAUGGUGCGUCUCUGGUGCGUCUCUGGUGCCAAAUGUGAUUCAAGGUACAUAUUUUGGGUGUGGUGACAUCAACAUUUAUAAAGGUCAUUUUAUUUAAUUGGUAGUUGAACUGUAUCCCUACAGAGUCUUUUUGAAGUCUGUCUCCUAUAAACCCUUGCACUCCAUACAACAGUAUAUACAUAUGUAUAUACAUAUGUAUAUAUCACUGCACCCAAAGUCUCUUUUGUUAAAUAAUUUUUCCAUUAAUAGUAUGUCUCUUUAAUAAAAUUGUGAUCUUAAAGUGAUAGUUUUGUUUUGAAAACAUGGCUGCCAAUGAGGACACAGGGAAAUUUCAUUUUUGUGACUUAAUAUACGGAAGUCUAAUCUGAUUAAAAGAGUAUGCCUGCUUAAGUUUAUGAUAUCUUUAGAGCUGCAACUAAUGAUUAUUUUCAUAAUCGUUCAAUUUGUUGAUUAUUUUCUCGAUUAAUCAUUUGGUCCAUAAAAUAUCAGAAAACCUUGAAAAAGUGUUCGUCAAACCGGGAAAUGAUGAUGUUCUCAAAUGUCUUGUUUUGUCCACAAACCAAAAUGACUAACUUUUAAUGAUUUCUUUGUUAUCAAGAGCAAAGAAAUGAAGAAAAUAUUCACAUUUAAGAAGCUUAAGCAAUCGGAAAUCUAGUUUUAGUCAUGGAAAAAGUUUCAAACCGAUUAAUCGAUUAUCAAAAUAGUUGUCGAUUAAUUUAGUAAAUGAAUAAUAAUCGAUUCAUCGAUUAAUUGUUUCAGCUCUAGAUAUCUUAAUGUGUGCUACGUGUUCUUGCCAUUUUCUCCCCAUCACCAAGGUGACACAAGUCGUGUCACUCUAAAACUAUAAUCACUUCAUUAUGGCACAGAGAGGUUGUUGGUCCACUGCUGCCUCCAUUAGGUUUACAUGUAUUAUGUUGUAACUAAUGUGUUUAAAAUCCUUUGUCCAGUUAGUGACACAAACUGACCAAACAGGGCAGCAGCUGACAGCUCCCGUGUCUCUGCAAGCUAAAAAUUGAUUUUUCUGCUUAUUUAUCUAUGGACUUUGGUGCAGGAGACUGAGCCGUUUACAAACUUACAUUUCUCAUCAGAAAAGGCGGUCCAAUGGGGGAGAAAGUGGGAAACAUAUUCAUAAAACACAGUAGACUCAAGCCAGAUUUGUCAUUUCCACUUCCACCACUCCAGAAAUCAAAAUGGAAAGCCCAAUAUUAUGGAUGCUUUCUGCAUUAAGCUUUUUCCUCUCCAUAUAUGCUCAUUAUAGAGAAGUGCGUCUGUAAGAAACAAAUAUCCACAGGCAGCAGGGUUUCGGAUUUGAUUUUUGGAGAGGUAAAAGCGGACAUUUCUAGUUUCUAGUGGUGAUUCAUCUCCAUUUUAGGGCAUUCAGCCAUUUAAUUUUUCUCUAUAAUGAACAUCUAACAAGAGGCAAAAGCUUAAUUCAGACAGCAUCCAUAUUGGGGUUUCUGUUUUGAUUUUUGGAGAGGUGAACGUGGACAUAGCUAGAGAUGUUUGUGCGAAAUCUAGCGGUGAUUCAUCUUUGUUUUUUUAAUGAAGACAGCAUCCAUAAUGUUGGGUUUUCUGUUCUGAUUUUGGAAGAGCGGAGUGUGGGCAUGACUAGAAGUGUCCAUGAGAAAUUUGAUGAUGAUUGAUCGCUACUUUCAGUUAAGCUUUUUCACAUUAAGUGUUUUUAGAUUUCCCCCAGAUUUUCACUAGAUUCUACUGGCUGAGACAUUUGUUAAGUGGCUAAAGGAAAGUAAGUGUCUCGGUUUUGACAAUGUAUUAGAACCUCAUUCAUCCACACUACACCUAUAACCUGUACUAGCUCAUUAAUAGUCCUUACUGAAUGCGACAUGACAUCUCUUUAAUAUAGAUCUAAUUAGCUCAUUGUGCUUAAAAAUAAGUCAUUAUCAUACAACGACAUCGGAAAUCUCAUCCUCUGCCUGGAUGCUUUCUGUGUGGUCGUUACUUGGUGACCUCUCCUCCCGGAGCUGCGCCUCGCCCCUCAGCGGCAGCAUGAGAUGAUGCUGCUGAGAUCACUUUAGGAAGGCGGUGCAGAGAGAGAAAUAGAGAGAGAGAGCUACGUGUUGCUGCGCAGCAACAGAGAGAGAGAGGAAUUCCCUCGCACAAACAAAAGCGGCCGUCAGGGCGUGUAUCAGUCUUUACAGCUGAUACCUGUGGAUGAAUAACGUGUAAACCUCCCGCUGGAUGCAGGAUGUAAGAACCACCGCGCGUCAACAAGCCUUCGAAGAGGUUUUUUUCUCUUAAUUUCUGGAAACAAUGUCAUGUUUGAGCUCUCGUAGACGAGGCUCACGUCUCCUCUGCUGAAGAUGUGAAGGAACAACCUGACAGACGCGCCUGUCUGGACUCCAGGGGAUGACUCUGCCUUUUAUCAUGAGACUCAACUGCCCCCAACCACGCAACACUAAAUUGGAAUAUGGCAUCAGCCAAGUUGAAACGCAGACUCUUCUUCUAGGAGGAUUCGUUGAGCUUUAAAACAUGACUGGUCAGCUGUUGGGGGAACUGGGCAGCGGGGCUCACAUGGACGACAACGCCGCCAUCCGCAUUAACGUAGGCGGCUUCAAAAAGCGUCUCCAGUCCGACACUCUCUCCCGGUUCCCUGAGACUAGACUUGCGCGUCUCCUCCACUGUCAAUCCAAAGAAUCCAUACUGGAGCUGUGCGACGACUACGACGACACGGAGAAAGAGUUUUACUUUGAUAGAAACCCAGCACUCUUCCCCUACGUGUUGAAUUUCUACAACACGGGGCGGCUGCACGUCAUGGCCGAGCUGUGCAUCUUCUCCUUUAGUCAGGAGAUCGAGUACUGGGGCAUCAACGAGUUCUUCAUCGACUCCUGCUGCAGCAGCGCGUACCACUGUAGGAAAAUGGAUCAGGACCGAAAGGACUGGGAAGACCGGAGUGAUGAAGGGAGCACCACUUCAUCGUUCGAUGAGCUGCUGGAGUUCUAUAACGACGCGACCAAGUUUGACAAACAGCCGCUCGGGAGCGCACGGAGGCGCAUCUGGUUAAUGCUGGACAACCCUGGCUACUCCGUGCCAAGCCGCAUCAUCAGCAUCCUCUCCAUCCUGGUGGUACUCGGCUCCAUCGCCACGAUGUGCAUGAACAGCAUGAAUGAGUUCAGCCUGUUGGACAGUGAGGGGCAGCCCACGGAGGAUCCCCGUUUCGAGACCGUGGAGCUCUUUGGCAUCGGCUGGUUCACUUUGGAGCUCGUUGCUCGGUUCGUGGUGGCGCCAGAUCUCAUGCACUUCUUCGAGCACCCAUUAAACGUUAUAGACUUGAUAUCCAUACUUCCAUUUUACUUGACACUCCUGAUUAACCUGGUGGUGGAGAGCAGCCCAGCGCUUGCCAAUCUGGGACGCGUUGCGCAGGUGCUGCGGCUAAUGAGGAUUUUCCGCAUCUUGAAGCUGGCGCGUCACUCCACGGGGCUGCGCUCCUUGGGGGCCACACUCAGGAACAGCUACAAAGAGGUGGGCCUGCUGCUUCUCUACUUGGCUGUCGGCGUUUCCUUUUUCAGCGUCAUGGCAUACACGGUGGAGAAAGAGGACAGCGAGGAUUUCUCCACCAUCCCGGCGUGCUGGUGGUGGGCCACGGUCAGCAUGACCACCGUAGGGUACGGAGACGUGGUGCCAGCGUCCAUUGCGGGCAAGCUGACCGCCUCGGCGUGCAUCCUAGCCGGGAUCUUGGUCGUUGUGCUUCCGAUUACGCUCAUUUUCAAUAAAUUCUCCCUCUUCUACAAGAAGCAGAAGCAGCUGGAGAUCGCAAUGAGAAGCUGCAAUUUUGACGAGGACAUAAAGCAGGUUCCUUCCAUUAACCUGAGAAACUAUUACGCGCACAAAGUCAAAUCCCUGAUGGCGAGCUUGUCAAACAUGAGUCGGAGUUCACCCAGCGAGCAGAGUCUGAAUGAGUCAAUACACUGAAGCACUUUGACGGGAGGACGCGCGUGCACGUGGGUGGGGUGUCCGCGUUCACGCAGCAGCGGCUGCACGAGGAGCUGUCCACGGUGCUGAAAGAAAACCCACUUCCAUCCACCGGUGCAAUAACGUGUUGAUCCAUGUGUCAGUGACGAAAAGAAAGUAUAAGCAAAUGUACAGCACAGCCUAAAUAUAUAAUAUCACACUGUGUGCUGUUAUUGUCCCUUCAAUAAUAGACCAAACGAAACGUGACAGCAUCAGAUUAUAAAAAGCCAGAGAAUGCUGUAGUCAUUUACCAUCCUAGAAGGUGUCACACUGUUGUCCAGCUUUACUUGUAUUCAAAUCUGUCUGAAAGUAACUCCGGAUGUACUGUAUGCUGUUGUUGUUUUUUGAAAGCGUGUCAACAUGUACAGUAAUUGUGGUGUUGCUACAAAAAAAAAACCUCCAGACGUGCAGUUAAAAUUAAAAAGCAAAGUGUAUUAAACAAGAAAAAACACACAUAAUGUUCUUUCCUCGUCAUUGAAUGUGCAGAUCAGAGCAAGGGUCUUAGUGUCAUACCAUGUGAGAUCAUGUGUUUUAAGCCUGAAGGGGUGAAAGGGAUUUGUACCUGUGACUGACGCAGCGACUGAAACAUUUUGACAGGCAUAGUAACAACCAUUCAGAGGUGAGAUCCUGUUUUUUUUUCCCUCAGAUGAUUUUAUUCUCUGGCUGCAUCACCGUUUCAGAAGAGAAAACAAAUGCGUGUUUUUUUAAUCGCCCAAUACACCACACUAAUAAACUGCCGGGUGUUUCACACAUAAUUGACAGUGACAGAUGUGUUUUCAACAACACUGUAGAUGCAUCAAACCUACUGUUUUUUUUACACUUUUUUUGAUGGAAAACAAAACAGACAAACAGACAGAAUUUGAGGCCAGUGGUUACAAGUCUUACAGAGAAAACACAAUGCCCUUGUAUUCGUUCUGUUAUGCCCGACUUAAAUCUGCCACUUUACAAGGGUUUUGUCUGCGGAGAAAAAUGGCAGUGACAGCCUGCAAAGGUCUCCCUUUUCCAUCAAGUCUCAAGGUGUCUGGAUAAAACAUGUUUUUUUUUUGGGUUUUUUUAUUAACUGGGCCUGAGUGAAGUCAGUGCAAACCCUCUCCCUGCUGCUUUUUUCCCCCAGCAGUAAACAGCUUUGUCACAGUAGCAGGAAUUCACCAGAGAGCACUAAUUUAGAGGCAUUGAUUUCACUUUAAAGAAUAAAAGAGCUGUUUGAAACUCUAAACGAUCAGUUAUUUUGUCAUGUCAUAUUUUGGUACAGUUUUUAGAGCAUUUUAUUUUGAAGCCAGCUCAUGAAACAGCUUCUUUCUUCUUGUCACAGUAAUUUUUCGGUACUUGGAGGUCAUUCAUACAUUUAUUCAUCAGUUAAAAGACAAUUUUGAAUUCAUUGUCUCCAGUUUAAUUUGUGAUGACAUGCAGAUGUUUGUACAUAAAUGUAGUCACGGCUAAUUCGUCUGAACAUAAAAACACAGAAUGUGGCCUAUGAGGGGGCUGACAACAAAAUAAAAUCAAAAAGUACUCUGUAAAGACCAAAGUAUACUGAAUAUACUCAUAACAUCAUAUCAAUAUUAGGACACAGUGUCAUAUUCAGGGUUGAAUGAGAGGUGAAUGACUGAGUAGCGGUGAUGUAAUUCAAAUGCACAUCAGCUCUACAUCUGAGGCCAAUUAAAUCACUCUCCUUUUGUUUACUCCUUUAAACCUUUAAAGCCUUUUCCCAGUGGGAGCGAAUCCAAAACACCAAACUAGCAUGCGGGGAAAAUACCAGGAUAACUUCACAGAGGUAACAGGUGACAUUUGAAAAAAAAAAAAAAAAAAAAUUCAACAGA